AUGACCACAGAAGUCAAAAUCGAGUUCGACGCGAAGAACAUGCCUUUCCGAAGGCUUGGUCCUAGCGGUCUGCGAGUGCCGCUUUUCUCUUUGGGCGGAUGGCUUACUCUCGGUGGCUCGGUUAAGGGCGAUCCCGUAAAGGAUAUUAUUAAGACCGCUUUCGACAACGGAAUUAACAUGUUUGACACGGCGGAGGGCUACGCUGCCGGGAAGUCAGAGGAGGAAAUCGGUCGAGUAAUCAAGGAGUUAGGUUUGCGCCGCACGGAUCUUGUCAUAACUACGAAGCUCUUUUGGGGCAUCCAUCCUGGGCCUAAUUCCAUGGGCCUGUCUCGGAAGCAUAUUAUUGAGGGCACGAAGGAAUCCCUUCAAAGGCUCGGACUUGACUACGUAGAUGUCAUCUUUGCACAUCGUCCUGAUCAAACGACUCCGAUAGAGGAGACAGUCCGCGCAUUCAACUUUGUUAUCGACCAGGGUUGGGCGUUCUAUUGGGCAACCUCGGAAUGGUCAGCGCGGGAGAUCGAAGAAGCACACCACGUUGCCGACAAGCUCGGUCUAAUUGGUCCCAUCGCUGAGCAAGUCAAACAUCAUAUGCUUCAUCGUGAGCGAUGCGAGUCGGAAUACAAUCCGAUCUACAGCACCUAUGGUACGGGCACCACAGUAUUCUCCGCGCUUGCUGGGGGCUUCCUCACUGGCAAGUACAACAAUGGCAUACCUGCAGACUCUCGGCUUGCCGUUGAGAAGGAGAAGCAAUUCAAGGACCAAGCGGCAUCGCUGAGUACUCCGGAGGGCCAAGCAAUGCUCGCGAAAAUCAAGGCACUGGCCGAGUUUGCUGAGACUGAACUUGACUGCAAAGUCUCGCAUCUCGCGCUCGCAUGGGUGGCGAAGAAUCCGAACACAUCUACCGUCAUAUUGGGCGCGUCUAGGCCCGAGCAGAUUGUCGACAACCUGAAGGCGCUGGAUGUUAUUCCGAAGCUGACCCCGGAAGUCCUGGAAAAGAUGGAAAGUAUAUUGGGCAAUAAGCCUGCUCCUCUGCCAACAUUCGGGAGACCAGCACUGGACAAGUUUGGACGGCAGUAUUGA